AGUAUUUUCCUCUUGUCGGUAUUUAGGCGUGCAGAGCACAUCAAAUCAAAUCAUUUAAUAAUUCAUUGUUAACGAAACAUGGACGAUGAAGAGGAUCCGAUUGUGGAAGAGAUACCCGUGUUUCUGUCAAAAAACCUGCAGGACAGCUUGUACCUCUUCCAAUACCCCACAAAAACGGAACUACCAAACCACGACGAAUCAGUGAUCAUCAACUGCUGCGUGAAGCCGUUCACCCAGGAGGUAAAGGUUGACUUCGCGCUGAACAUUGACUCGAAACACUAUGACCGCUUCAAGGGCGAGCAGUUUGCGGUGGCCGCCGACGGAAAAAACACAUUCGGUGCUGCGCCCACGAAGGGCGGCGAGCGUCCCACCUACAAGCGUGGCAUUAUGGACAAGCAGGCCUUCACCAGCACCCGCUCGCUGACAGACAUCUCCAAGUACAUUGUGGGCAUCUACACGGACAAGGAGGUGCACCUAUCGCCGCUGACGAGCAUUGUUCAGCUGCGGCCCGCCCUCAGCCACUUUGACAAGGAGGACAAGCGCAAGAAGGCCGAGCAAAAGGCCCAAAACGACGACGUGGACGAUGAUGAGGUGCUGCAGCAGGUCACAGUGAAGUUCGCUCGCGACAAGGGCGCCGCCUCCAAGAAGACAAAGGAGGAGCGCGGCACCUACGACAGCUUUGUGCAGCGCAUUGUGGACGAGCCGUGGUGCGAGACAUAUUGGCAUGCCCGUGCCACACCCACAGCGGAGCUGGAGCGCCAGAAGCUGUAUGCCACGAACCACCAGUCCAACCUGUCGCUGACCCUCAAUCCCGGCGAUUACCUGCAGAAGCUGCUGCCCUACGACGAGAACGUGCAGAAGGUGGACGAGUCGAGUGAGCUGCUGCCCGUUUACAACAAGGCCAUGCUGAAGACAAUGCCGCUGCUGGACCAGCUGCGCGUCCUGCUCAAGGAUGCCAGGAUGCUGUCAUUCGGGGACGUUCUCGAGAUACUCAUGGAGCAGGCGGAUCCCCAUGUGACGCCCGAAAAGGUGCUGGCCCUGCUUCCACAGGUUGGCAUUCUGCUGAACGGCAAUUGGGUGCCCAAAUCGGAGGUGGUCUUUCCCGAAAAGAUGCUUUCCCACGCCAACGGUGUCAGUGCGGAGCAGAUGAUACGCGCCCGGGACUAUAUACUCUAUAGAUUCUCGCGUACAGCGUGCCUGUACCGCACCCAGGUGAUGUCCGCCACCCAGCUGCCGCCCGCGGAAACCUUCGAUGUGCUGCGUACCGUGGGCAAAGUGAAUACCACGAAACGCUGGGAGCUGCUGCUGCCACCGGACAAGGAGUUCGAGCAAAAGCAUCCGGAACUGGUGCAGCGCCAGGAGCUACACUGGCGCGCCUCGGAGCAAUACUACAACGAAAUGGACUGGGCCAAGGAGACGAAGCGGGUGCGAAAGCGCUCCACUCGCAAAAGCGAGUCCCAGUCCUCAACUGCCAUGCCACCGCCUGCCACAACAACAUCAGCGGAAGCGUAGCACCACCAGAGGCUGAGACAUGGAUGAUGAAGAUGAAGCUACUUGGGCGCUAAUAAACAGACCAAUCAGAUUAUUAUGUUAAAAAU